GUGAUCUAUUUUCGAUUCAAUGCCAGGCUUGACAGAACUCCCUUUUCUGUCUAGUCCUCCUCCGCUACAGGAAGGAUCGUUAGAAGAUGAUUAUCAGGAUAAUACCGUAGAAAUCAUAGACUACCGAAGUGGCCAACACGGCAACUUUUUGGGCGGUGGUCAACAAUAUCUUCAGGACAUAGCACGUAGAACAUACGGUAGUUGUGGCACUUCUCCACUUAAUCACAAUGUGAACCAAAGAACAAACACGGGUUUAUUACACACCACUCUAAACCCGGAGAAUUCAUUUCCCUUCGAGCUCCACGCCAACGACCCUAGAGGACAGCUGCUCGCGUUUUUUUCGGGCGAAGAAGGCCAGACUCCGGACCAAAUUUACCCAGACGGAACACCAGCAACCAUGGCGGACUCCAGGGGGUAUUGCAGCAAGGAGGCAAAUAUGCUGAUCUUGAAUACCAUUAACCUGCAUAUGCCGUCUUCGCCGAAUAACGAAAGGAGAAAGGCGGACAGCUGGAUGCGCUUGUGGG